AGCAAGGAGCGUGCGUAUUCGCGCAAAUUUAUCAACUUUUCAAAAGAGAAGAAAGGCAAGUCCACUAACUAACAGAAGACACAUAUAAACAACAACUAUGUCGACAGACGGGUCCCCCCCGACAAAGAUGCAAAAGACAGACGGACCAAUAGAGGUAUCUGAAGGUGAUCAGAGUCAGGAUUUUGAUGCAGAUACACAAAAGGCUUUGGAAGAUAUAGACGCUUGUCAAAAUGAUAUUGACGUUCUAAAUGAGAAAGCAAGUGAGGAAAUACUGAAAGUUGAGCAGAAGUACAACAAAUUGCGGAAACCUCAUUUUGAUCAACGGAAUGAACUUAUCAAAAAGAUUCCAAACUUUUGGGUCACUGCUUUUGUCAACCAUCCACAGAUUUCUGCCAUCCUUGAUGAAGAAGAGGAGGAGUGCUUACACUACCUCAAUAUGGUUGAAGUCGAAGAAUUUGAAGAUAUCAAAUCAGGAUACAGGAUAAAUUUCACAUUUUCCUCCAAUCCUUAUUUUAACAACAGUACAUUGUCCAAAGAAUUUCACCUAGCUACAACAGGUGACCCAGCAUCAAAAUCAACAAAGGUCGAGUGGAAGGACAACAUGGACCUGACGAAACGGGCACAGGCACAGAUGCCCAACAGGAAACGGAGGCAUGGAUUCUCACGGACAUUUUUCCAUUGGUUCCAGGACAACACUGACCCAUCAGCAGACGACAUUGCAGAGGUGAUAAAGGAUGACAUGUGGCCCAACCCACUCCAGUAUUACCUGGCACCAGACAUUGAAGUGGGAGAGAAUGGAGUAGGUGAUCAUGAUGAUGAAAACGAAGAUUCUGUGGUAGUAUUGGGAGAUGACGAUGAUGAUGAUGAUGAGUUAGAUGAUGAUGAAGAAGUAUAUCAAAUUGAUGAUGAUGACGAUGAUGAUGAAUUAGAUGAAACAAAUGGCUUAGGAGAAACGAUAGAUUCUGUGGAGGAUGAUGAGGAAGACGAUGAUGACGAUGUGGAGGUGCUAGGGGAAGAUGACGAAGAUGACGAUGAUGUAGAAGCUGUAGAACCCGAUGAAGGAGAAACGAAAGGAGAGUGAUAUAGUUGUUGCCAUAGAAACACCACAGUGCUACACACUAAGGGAUGUGAGAAGGACUUGUAUUGACAGUCAGAUCACAAAUCACGACGGCAUACAGGCCUCUAUUGGCAGGAGGGGUGGGGGUAGGGAAUUUCAUCUCUAUAUAGGCAUCAUGAAGAAGGAAUAUCAACUCCGGACAGCUAAUUUUCAUUGACUGAAAAAUUAAUUUCUUCGUACCUGCUGUAAAUCUGUUGCUUUUCUUGUGCCCUAUAUAUGCAUUAAAUAACUGGUCUUACAUUGCAUGCUUUGUUUACUUCUUGCUUUCUUUAGCAUCGUUUUAAAUUUCUUUUUUUGUAAAGUUAGGUGGACAAUAUAAUAUAUUCUUGUUAAAAUUAUUGUAAUUGUAGCUGAACGAUUUGGUGGGUCGCUUAUACAAUGACUAAAUCUAACAUUUUGCUGUAAAUACUGCCAUAUAGCUUAAGUUCAUUGUGUAGUUUUCUUGUCAAGGAUUUUUUUGUACUUUUUAUAUGUACAAUAUUUUCUAUUUUAAUUUUUCCUUUAAAAGUAGGGCCAAUUUUUGAGUGAUUGGAACAGUGUACCUAUAUCCUAUAAACACAUUUUGCUGAAAACUCCGACAGAAUUGAAGACAUACCUUGACCAAAGUAUGUACCUAAAGACACCAUAACUUUGAAGAAAUGUCCUAAAAUGUCAGUCCUUAAAAUUACGACAAUAUUCAUUUUUAACAAACACUAAUUCAGUAUGGUUUUCAUCAAGAAAUAGUGAAAUUUUUGAAGAACAAAAAUUGUUCUUAAAGAAUGGUUAAAAUCUCUCACAAUAAGAGUUCUAAAACUAUUUCAUAACAUGGUAAUUUAUGAGGAAAGUUGAUGAGUCAAAAUGAACAUAAAAUGAGAGGUGUAAAAUGACCUUGCAUCUGUUAAUUCAGACUUUCCAGAUGAAUCCAAACAUCUUGUAGUAGUCAAGGUAAUUGCCCGUCUCAAUAGGGUCAAACUGUUCCGUCCACUUCAUAAAGCAAACAUUUCUAAGAAACAUGACAACAAUGACAUUACAUGGUUGCUAUCAAAACAAUAAUUUAACGGGCAAUAUGUAUGAAUUUAACAUUAUCUUAUGUGUUUCUAAGAUCUUAUACAGAUAUGUUAUAAAAGGUAACCCAGGAUUUGUGAAUUUAUUGAAAGUCUAGUUUUAGUCCAUACCAGAUAUCAAAGUCUGUCUUGGGGAAAAUUGUAUAUACAUGUUAACAAGUGGAUGAAGAUUACAGCCCCAAAUUUAUAUUUAGUAUUGGCUCAAGAGGUAUUUUGAUAAGAUGUCUAAAUCUCCCCUAAAAACUAUCGACAGCUAUGCUCUUUGAUAUUGCUACAGCACUUAUCUCAAAGAUCAAAUCAAAUAUAUUGGUUUGUGUUUUUGGUCAUCUCUGAUUGCAAAAAUGUGAAAAACAAGUGCUACAGAGAAACUACAUUUUCAGGUUUGAGAGUAAUGUAAUUUUUAUGUUCUUUUUAUAUAUUCACAACAUAAACACCCAAAUCGUCAUAGAUUAUAAAAAGUUCAUGUUUAACUCAUUUACCCCUGAAGACACAUUUGAACUCUUCCAAUUCAAAGGUUGGAAUAGUUCAUUAUGAAAACAGGGGUGAAUGAGUUAACUUCAUCAGCACAAAAGGUGAUAUUAUCUUUGUCAUGUGCCAUUUAUCGUAUUCAGAUUUCAUUAAUAUUGGGACGACAGCCGACAUUUGGUUUUUGAUAUACUUGUUUUUUGUCCAACCAUCAUGUUAUAAAACCCAUCAAGAGAGCAUUAAGCCAAGCCCAUUUCCCUAGGAUUGGUAUCUUGUAAAUUGUAAGCACAUUUUUUUGUUCCAAUUUGUUUGUCAUUGAUAAGAUUUGAUUCUUCCUUAUAUAAAACUGUCGGAAUGGGACGACUCCCAAGAUAUUCCAAAAUCAUCCAUACUUCAAACUGUUUUGUUAAUCUCUGAAAAUGCCCAUUAUUUUUUUCACUAAUUGUUUUAUAAAGUACCUCAUUAUUUAUCAAAUUCUUUUUAAUCUGGAAAAAAUGAAUUAUCUGAGGUUUCCCAUUCUGACAGACAGUAGGUAUUUCUUAACAUCAUUUUGUGGUUUUAUAUUAAAACCAGACAUCAGAAUUCAACAAUCAACUGUUAUUAAGGACAUUUAGUUCUGCAGGAGUAAAUGGAAAAUCUUUCUGCCAUAUUAUGGGGCCCAUCCCAGCAACAACUAUUAGGGAACCCUAUUUGUUUUCUCUUCCCCAUUUAUACAUUAUACUUGUAAAUAAGGCACUAUAUAUGUGGUGAACAUUAUAUUGUUUGUAAAAAUUAAUGUAAUUUUAAACCAUUGAAUUUGUUAAUAUGAAAAAUUAUAUACAUAGAAAAUGUCGUGUGAAUAUAACUAUGUAGUUAAAGAUACUUGGACCAAUGUAGUGUUAUGGUGCAUGGUAAAGCUUGACCGGUAUCUCCAUCAUCUCACUGAUCAUGACCUCCGCUUAUUUCAGUCGUUAAUGAGUUUUGAUGAUUUACCAAGUUCUGUAGAAAGUUGUCUCUACUGGAACAAACUGGUAAUUAAAUGUAUACAUAAAAAAUACACAUAUCUAAUUGCUGUUGUCAUUGUGAUUGAUUUUUAUUUUCAAAGACAAUUUUCACUAAAGGACCAUCCAUCAACCAAACCAUGGAACAUUUUUAAAGAUCUUCAGAUUAUGUUAAAUGAGGAUUAAUUUAGUUUAAAAACUUUAAAACUUCAAACUUUUCAAAGUUUUAUGCUGUCAAUAAAUGGUGAUCCUUUUGAGUUUUUGAAUAUUCACAUUCUAUCGUAAGAUUUAAAAAUUAAGAAAUCAUCAUUCAUGUAAACCUUGAAUCAUUGCACAAAACCUGUACUUGCAUUUUGUAGGGUUCAAAAUUAUCAGCUAGAAGAUACCAAAAACAAGAGAAAAAAUCUCAUUAUUCAGAUGAUGUCAAAUUCAAAUUUUAAUAAUGAGUUCUGUUUUUUUAACCAUUAAAACACAGCAGUUUUUUGAAGUCUCGUACAAAAUGUUGGUGAUUAAAUUCCUUUAUUUACCCAAUGAUACUGGUUAAGCCUGAUCAUGUGUCCUAGCCUUGUGGCCUACUGGGAUGAAUAGAACUUCUUUCUUCCUUGUGUUUUAAUUAGAAAAUUACCAUUUUAAAGUUUGAAGAGGUAAUUCAUUAUAUCACAAACAGGACUGCUUAGGUAAACAAAUUAUUUUCAAAAUGAAAAAUUUAUUUCAAACCCAAAUCAAUUAAAUUCAAUUUUCAUCUCGGGUUGGCAUUCAUUUUAAUUGUUCACCUGAAAACUAGGUUCAAAUUGGUUCUUUCCAAAUCAUUUCUUCAUUGAAUGGGAAGGACUCGGCAUGAUUGAGAAGAGUUCUCUUUUCCUGUCUAGGAUUUUAAAGGGCUGAAAGGUUUUCUACAGAGUGUCUUGUGAUCUCUCAAUGUUCUGCAUUUCAAAAAACACCUGAAGUGCUAGGUUAUACUUAGUCAUUGUUUCAUUAUUGAUGGAAGAUCUCGACAACAUUAAAAGGAUGAUAAAGAAGUUGA